GUACUUCCCCGAGCUUCCUGCCCGCUGCCGCCCGCCACUGGGGUUUCCUGGACGGCCCCGAGCAGGCGCGCAGCCCUUCGCAGCCCCCUGCCUUCCUACUGUAGACGGGAUGAGGUUUUAUAUUGGAAAUGAGGGGGCAGGGGGAGGAGAAGGAGCGCACACGGAGCGAUGAGUGUGCGGUGUCAAUCAGAGGGGUUUUGUGUCUCCUUGACUCCUGAUGGUGCAUGGCUGAGGUGUCCCGGGUGGCACCACAAUGAAUAUGAAUAGGGGUCCUUGCUAAAUGGGACAGUCAAAGCGCACCGCCCUGAAUAAUGGCACGUCAUCCUAACUAGACCAUUAUACAUAGGAGGGCUCCUUUUGUCUCUGCUCUCUGCUGCAGCUCUAUAAAAGCCCCUCUUUUUCAGGCUGAGGUUAGUCCAAGCAUACACUAACUAGCCAUCCUGUAAACAGGCUGAGUAACCGGGGGGGAGAGAGAGAGAGGAGAGAGAUUGAAGAGAGAGGGGGCUGAGGGGCUUUUUUCUUCUUCCUCCGUUUCCAGCCCUUCGCUGGCAGAUCCUGCCGUCCGUUUACUUCUUUUUUGCCUCGUUUGUGUUUCUUUUUGAAGGAGAGUGGUCUUGUUCCACCACCUCCAGAGCAGGGAAGAGUUUCUUGCUCAGAAGCCUGAAUACAAUGAAUUCUGACUCCAGCUCUGUCUCCAGCAGAGCUUCCUCGCCAGACAUGGAUGAGAUGUAUCUGAGAGACCACCACCACCAUCACCACCAUCACCACCACCAAGACAGCCGGCUCAACUCUGUCUCCUCCACCCAGAACGACCUGGUGCAGAAGAUGUCUGGAGAAGGCCUCACCAGGAACGGCUCCAAGGCCGGAGGGGAAGGCAGCAAGUACAAAAUCAAGAAGCAGCUUUCGGAGCAGGACCUGCAGCAGCUGCGGCUGAAGAUCAACGGUCGGGAGCGAAAGAGGAUGCAUGACCUCAACCUCGCCAUGGACGGACUGCGGGAGGUGAUGCCCUACGCCCACGGACCUUCUGUGAGAAAACUCUCCAAAAUCGCCACCUUACUGCUAGCCAGAAACUAUAUCCUGAUGCUCACCAGCUCCCUGGAGGAGAUGAAGAGGCUAGUCGGGGAAAUCUACGGGGGGCACCACUCGGCCUUUCACUGCGGCACGGUGGGACACUCCACCGGGCACCCUCCCCACGCCGCUGGCACUGUGCACCAGGUGCAUCCCAUCCUCGGCAGUGCCUUGUCCUCCGCCAACACCUCCUCCUCCCUCUCCGCCUCCCUGCCGGCCAUCGGCACGAUCCGGCCCCCACACUCCCUGCUCAAGACCCCCUCGACACCCCCCGCCCUGCAGCUCGGCAGCGGCUUCCAGCACUGGGCGGGCUUGCCGUGCCCCUGCACCAUCUGCCAGAUGCCUCCCCCGCCCCACCUCUCGGCCCUCACCGCGUCCAACAUGGCCAGGAUCUCGGGGGAGACCAAGGACCUCCUGAAGUGACUCGGCGGGGCUCCCCCGACCGCUGGGGCUGCGCCGAGGCCAGCGCUCCCAUGGACGGAGAGGGGGUUGCUGCCGGCCCCCUCUCGGGCCGCCGACGGACCUGCCCCUGCUGCCUCCCGCCCCACCAACCCCCCUGUAACACAGGAUUAGUGUAGUAAGGACCUUGCAAAGGUAAUGUUAUACCCAGCUCCUCGGGCGAUGUUUUCUUAUUAUACUAACUGGAAAAAAAAAAGUCCCUGUUGUAAAAAGAAUGAUAAUGAUGAUAAUAAUAAUAUUAAUGCCGCUGAUGGUAAUCAAAUGUAAAUGAUUCCUUAAAAUGUAUGUAAAAGGAAAAAAAGAAAGACAUGGUUGUCGUUGUAGUUUUCGCAACUAAGAGACAAUGAGAUCAGUUUGGGUUUUCCCCCCUUCUUUUUCCUGGCUUUUCCUUUCUUUCCUUUCGCACGGCGACACCUCCGAAAUUUCCCGCUCCAAACCUGGCUGCGUCAGCGCAGCGGCGGCCCAAGGUAACCCAGAGAGUGCAUGCAUGCUUCCCACCCCAGCUUGUCACCAGCGGGGACCGGCCACAGGCAGCUCCCCUGGCAACAGGGACUUCCGAGACAAUUCACUGAAGUUUUCGAGUGUGGUUUAUAGUUUGGGGGUUUUGUGCUUGGGUGUUGUUUUGUUUCUUUCUUUCUUUGUUUCCUCCAAAUUUCGCUGUGAUGCUGUUUUGUUUGCGGUACUUUUUCUUCUUCCCUCUGUGAAGGAAAAAAAAAAGAGGAAAAUAGUGCAAAACACAACACAACCAUCCUGUGGAUCUGUUUUGCAAAAUCUUCGAUCUCCUGUUCUCAGUGAAGUGUGCUAGUUCAGCUGGCUGGGGUACUAAUUUCUCAUGCUGGCUUUGGGUUUUUUUUUUGUUUUGUUGUUUUUUGGGGGUUUUGUUGUUGUUUGUUUUGUUGUUGUUGUUGUUGUUUUGGGGUUUUGUUUGUUUGUUAGGUUUUUUUUUUUUGCAUUGCUAUAGUUUGAGUUUGCAUGCGGAGUCAGCUCUUGCAACAUCAGUGACUUGUAGAACUAAAUCGGAAGCUUUGUUGCUGUUUAUUUCCUUUCCGGUACUUUUUCCUGGGAUUUUGCUUGAAAUAAUGCUAUUAUUAAUUUCGAUUGUUGGUUUGUUUGUUUGUUUUCGGUUGGGGCAUCAAAGACAACACCGUGUCUUUAUUUUUUAUAUAUUCUUGAUAACUAUCAAUAUAUUUAUUAUUGACCAGUGUUUCUG